AUGUCUGACCUCUUCUCGGCCUGCGGCCACACCGUCCGAAGCAAGUGCGGCACCGAGUUCUGCACCGGGUACUACCCCAGGAGCGGCGGCGCCGGCCUCCCGUUCUGCCGUCACCACCGCUGCUACCUCACCAUCUACCCAGACUGGUGCAGGAACUGCGUUGCACACUUCUCCGACGGCAGCGGCUCCGACGACGACUACGUCGACGGCGACAACAACCACAACAACGACAUGCACGUCAGCAUCCUGAUCCGGAGCCCCAAGCUGAUCGGGCGGUACUGGGAGGAGUACACUGCGCUCAACGCUCACCCCGACGUGCAGCGCGAGGAGAAGCUCCUGUCGUCGCUCCCGGAGACGCCGGCGGACCACACCCCCGGCGUGUCGUUGACGUUGUCGUCGUCGCCAGCGCUGUCGCCGGCGCGGCCCCUCUUGCCCAAGCUCCACCAGCUCACGCACGAGGAGCUGCUCCGUGGCCGGCGCGACUUUGUUGGUGCCCGCCAGUGGCGCCAUAGCCUGGAGAAGGAGCUCGCCUACUGCAAGCCCGAGGCGGUGCUCAUGGGCUGCCUGCUGUGGCCGAACAAGCCGUGUCUCGCUCAGGACGAUUCCGACGACGACGGCGAUCAUGACCUCUCGCGGAAGAGGAUGCGUGAGAUUGUGGACUUGGCGCAGGCGCGGACCAUGCGCUGGGCAGCUGGCGAGGAUCCUGAUGACUUUUGA